AUGUGAACCAAACAGAUUGAAUACUAUAAACAAUAACACUUAUUGAGUUAUUUAUGAAUGUUUGCAGCGACACAAAAUGGCCUCUCUUUUCCAGCAUGUUCAGAGAGCAUUACAAAGACAAAAGUGGCUCUCUACUUGUAGUUGCAGGAGGAGUUAUAGCAAGAAUAGAUUUUAUGACAAAAAGGAAGGAGUCCCCAAUGAUUUCCUAGUGUGGCUUCAAAAGGAUUAUGACUUGAGUUUCAGUGGAAUAAAGAAAAUGUACCAGGCUGCAGAGUUGGAAAUGCAGAGACGUUCUCAAAAAUUCUUGCCUGAACGGCACGAGAUAUUAGGCCCUGAUUUGGCAACAUCUCACUUCAUUGUAAAGCGUGGUGGUGCAGUGAAGUUUGCAGACCGUGACACAUGGUUUAGGAUGGAGAAAGAUGAGAAAUACUACCUCCCUAACAGGAAGGUGGAGGGUAUGAAACUGGAAGCAGUGGAUGCCUCUAAUACAAAUCUCAUGCACAUCGGAAUGGACAACUUUGUUAACCUGACUGAGCUGAGAUACCUGAGUUUAAGCAACUGUCAGUAUGUUGAUGACUGGUGCAUGGCUCGGCUGCAAAUGUUUAAGCACACUCUGGAGUUCCUGGACAUCAGUGGAUGUGAUCAGAUCACAGAGAAUGGCCUGGCUUGUCUUCAUCAUUUAGAGAAGUUGAAAGGUUUGAAGCUGAGCAAUCUCCCGAAUGUGAACCACCUUCAGUUGAUGGUUAUACUCCUGGAGGAAUCUCUACCAGAGUGUAUGGUGUUUGGUGUGGACUUUACAGAUGCUGAGGAGCAGCAGGUUCAAGAUGGAGAACAGGGGACACAAUCUAGAGAAGCUAUUGACACACAGUCACAGUCAAAGGGAUCUGCUAAGACUUGAUCAUUUCUCUCUUUGACAACUUAGGAACUUGUGAAUAAAAAUAUGGCUGUGAAUAAUAAAAUCAGUCCAGUGUGAACUGGAACAGCGUGGAUAUCAAGUUAUCAACAGAAGGGAAACCUGACCAGCGUGUUACUUUUCAAUGUCCAGUGUAUGUUACAUGCAUAUUUGCAGCAGGAGAGGUGUUCUGAUAUGAUGAAUCAUUGGUGCAUAUCAGUGUGUUCAUAUGAUCAAGAAAAAAAUCAAGUCUGAAUUGAAAUUGGAAUUACCCAAGAGUGAAGAAGCUUGUGUUUAAUUUCAGAGGACAUGACUUUGUUCCUCUGUUUGAAGCAACUCUAGUACUUGACGGAUUACUGCAUGAUGAGUCAAUUGAAUAACAGAAUGAAAAUAAAACACAUAUUUGCAAUCAACUUUA